UUCUUCCCCUCUUUCCACCAUACAAAUAAUGAGUGUGCUUUGAUAGAAGAUUAUUUGGAAAAAUUUUUCCCAAGAAUCAGAAUGUUCUUCUUGAAUGCAUCCUGAGCUAUUAUUAAAGCAACUUUUGAUAACAUUCCAAUAAUCCCUAAUGAGCUCUCUUACAGUUUUUUUCUUGCUACUCUUGACAUUGGCUUCCAAAGAUCUUGCCGGAGCUCAACAGCAGGUGGUGUGCCGGUAUUCCGCUAUUUCAGCAUCCGAUCAGUCAACUAUAUGGCUCUCACCUUCCAGUCGAUUUGCGUUCGGAUUCUUUAAAGAAGGAUCAGGUUUUAAAGUUGGAAUUUGGUUAGUGGAUGACUCAAAUGAUACUAUUGUUUGGACAGCCCAAAGAGAUGAUGCAGCAGUAUCAUCAAAUGCAAUUCUCCAGUUCACCAGUGGAAGGAUCAUGUUGGCAAGCCCUGGGAAUGAGAAUAAGUUUAUUACUCCCGAGCAGAAUGAGCAACCCAAGUGUCCCUCCAUGCUAGACUCUGGAAAUCUUGUUAUUUACAAUGAACAAGAUCAAGUUAUCUGGCGGAGUUUCGACUUCCCUACAGAUACCAUCUUAGAGGACCAAUUUCUGCACCAUGACCAUCGACUAUAUUCUAAUCUUUCUCCAACCAAUCACUCAACUGGAAGAUACAGUCUAAUUGCGCAAUCUGAUGGAAAUCUUGUUGCUUAUCCUGCCAAGGCAGGAGACACUGUUGAAAGUGCCUAUUGGGAUUCUGACACUGACAUGACUACCCCGCCGCGAAGCCUAUACCUCAAUAGCAGUGGCGCAUUUGUGCUGGUUAAUGACACGGAUUUAUCAGCAGUCAGUAACAAGGACAAGUCUAUAAUCAGCUCCAAUUCAUCUUUGCAACAUGACAAUGUAAUCUUGCGAUUAAACCUUCGUUUUGAUGGAAAUUUAGUCUUGUAUUCUCAUUCCCUGAAUACAACCAACAAAUCUACAACUGUGCUGUGGCAAGCAAUUGAUGAUUUGUGUGAUGUGAGCAGUUCUUGUGGUGUCAACACCUAUUGCACCAGGUCCAACAAUCAACCCCUUUGCAAAUGUCUACCAGGUACCGAGAAUGUAGCAGAUUUCCCUAGUGGCUGUCAGAGGAACUCCACUGGAGCAGUGUGCAUUGCGGGGAAAGAAUACGGUGACAUUUACGACUUUGCAUCUCUGAAAGAUCUCAGGUUCAAAGAUGUCCCUUACUUUGCAAAGAUGUUAGGGAAAGAAGAAUGCCUUCAAUCUUGCUUGGAGGACUGUGAUUGUGAUGUGGCACUUUUUGACGAGUCACGGGACUUAUGUCGGAAAUAUGCUCUUCCUUUAAGCUACACUAGGAUUGAUAAUACUUCUAUCUCAAUCAUAGCUUUUUUCAAAGUGAAGAAAAUCACUGGAGAAGCAGGAGAUGGACAUGUUAAACCCCCGUGGACGCUGAUUCUUGGCCUGAGUUUAGGAUUUUUUGCCUAUUCAAGUGCUGCUCUUGCCCUAUCUGGCAUUUUCAUAUUCAAAUUCCGCCUUAUGAAGUACAGGAAGCUUUUGGACACAGGAAGAACUGGCUUGACUAAGGAAUUCACCAUUCGAGCAUUCACUUAUAAUGAGCUGAAGAGGGCAACUAACGGCUUUAAGAAAGAGAGAGAGUUAGGCAAGGGCUCUUUUGGGGCAGUCUAUAAAGGAACUUUUGACAAUAGAAGCUUUGUGGCAGUAAAAAGAUUGGAGAAGGUAGUCGAGGAGGGCGAGAGGGAGUUCAAAGCAGAAGUGAGGGUGAUUGGCAGAACUCGUCACAAAAAUUUGGUUCGUUUGCUUGGCUUCUGCGCCGAGGGCUCAAAGCGGAUUUUGGUAUACGAAUACAUGAGCCAUGGUUCCCUCGCAGAUCUUCUCUUCCGGACAAAAGGGCGCCUAGACUGGAAUGAGAGAGUCAGGAUAGCACUUGACGUUGCAAGAGGGAUCUGCUAUCUCCACCAGGGAUGUGAAGCUCCUAUAAUACAUUGUGACAUAAAGCCUCAGAACAUUUUGCUUGAUGAAUCCUGGACAGCUAAAAUCAGUGACUUCGGCUUGGCUAAAUUGCUCCAACCGGAUCAAACAAGAACCUUCACAGGAGAAAGGGGAACAUUGGGAUACAUGGCACCAGAAUGGAAGACAAAAACUGCCAUCACUCUGAAGGUUGAUAUCUAUAGUUAUGGGAUUGUUUUGCUUGAAAUUAUAUGCCGCAGAAGACACAUUCAAGUCAAUUUAUCACGACCAGAAGAAACUCACCUACCAUCCUGGGCUUAUAACUGCUUUGCAGCCAGGGAGCUGGACAAACUUAUGGAUGAUGAUUCUACGGAUAAGAAUGCAUUCGAGAGGAUGGUAAUGGUGGCACUAUGGUGUAUUCAAGAUGAACCAGCUCUUCGCCCAUCAAUGAAGAAUAUUAUCUCAAUGUUGGAAGGGAUAACUGAUGUGAGUAUUCCCCCAUGUCCAGUGUCUUAACAGCUAGUAAAGUCCAGAUCAAAAUUUAAUCGACAACAUCCCGGUCAGAAUCCUUUUUCUCAAUGGUUUGGUGAAUUGGCUUGAUGAAAUUCCUACUGUGUUGUCCUCCUUUAUCAGUUCCCUGCGGUAGCUAUUAUUGUUUCCACAAAUUUGUGAAGACAUGUAUGUAAGGCAAGUAUAACUUGUUUACUUCAGUUUUUUGCUCAUAUUGUGAUUGUUUACACACUUGUUGGCAGAACUUAACGAAACCAGUUGCUGACCA